AACAGGAAGCGCGAAAGCGCAUCUGAAAUGGGCGGGACAGUUGGUGUGUACGAUGGGUUUGAAAUAAUAUUUCUCCAGUUCUUUUAGGGUCUGGACUGUGUUUUCAGUUGUGUUAGUAUCAUUGUUUAGCUCUAGAAUAUUUCCCACAGGCUAACGAAGCAGCGCUUUGACUGCGGUCACGUGAUGCUUGUUAUUUUCCUCAGCGCUGGGGAAGAUGAUUAAUCAGGCAUCUCUCAUCGUUUUAUAGAGACUGAGGCGGAUCUUCAUUUGUAUUUCAGGCACUAAAUGAUAAUGAUGUGUAGUUUAUUGACGCCUCGCAUUAGACGAACAGCGUGUGUGUGAGAUGCAGCUGCGCGGUCGGUGUAAAGUCCAUCGUGUCGCGGGCGACGCGUCGUUUAUUAUCGCGAUCGUUUGUCGUCGUUCGUCGUUUCUGGUCGUUUGAGGAGCGCGAAGCAAACACACGGCGGAGCGAUGCGUCUCUCGGCCGGUGGAGGAUGAAGACCCCGCUGCUGCUGCUGUGCUCGGUGUCGGGACUCUGCUACUGGUUUCCUGUUCAACAAGGCCAUUGUUCAGAGCAGACACACACACUGACCACACGAGCGGUCAGUCACCAGCCGGUGAUUGAUGGGAGCGAUGAGCAUUACAUCUUCAUCAGUGAUGUGGAGUCUUCCUCCGUUUCCUCGCGGAUCACACACAUCACUCCAGUAUCUGCCGCUCCUCAUGUGUGCGGUUCGUCUGAGUGCGUCUCCUGCCGGGAUUGCACAGCUUCAGACUCCUGCUCUGCUGAAAGCGGCACCACAGAUGCGUGUACAGCUGCAUGCGACGCUGCAGAAAACCUGCGCUACGACCCUCAGCUCAGCAGUUUUCCAGCGGUUCAAGAGAGCGUCGGUGUCCAUGAGUCGAGAAAACCCACUAAAGACCAAACCGGGAACAGGACCAACGCUUCCCACAUCCUGAAAGAUCAGGGCUCCAGCGGCUCCGCAGACAGCGACCCGUCUGUGCCCUGCAGAGAGCAGGAGAUCCCCACCUUCGAGGAGUGGACCAAGAUCAUGCUGGAGGUGGAGAACGAGAAGAAUCAGAUCACACACCUUUCUGACGGCCCUCUCGCUGCGGGGAAGAAGCUGCAGCAGACCAUCACCAACUACGCCUCCGUGGAGUGUGGAGCCAAGAUCCUGUCCUCCAACCCCGAGGCCAAGAGCACUUCAGCUAUUCUGAUGGAGAACAUGGACAUGUACAUGCUGAAUCCCUGCAAUAACAAGAUCUGGUUCAUCAUUGAGCUCUGUCAGCCCAUUCAGGUCAAGCAGCUGGACAUCGCUAACUUUGAGAUCUUCUCCUCAAACCCCAAAGACUUCUUAGUCUCAAUCAGUGACAGAUAUCCAAACAAAAAGUGGGUGAAGCUCGGGACGUUUCAUGCGCGAGAUGAGCGGACGGUGCAGAGUUUUCCUCUGGAUGAGCAUCUGUUUGCCAAAUACAUCAAGGUGGAGCUGCUGUCACACUUCGGCUCAGAACAUUUCUGUCCUCUCAGUCUGAUCAGGGUUUUUGGCACUAGUAUGAUGGAGGAGUAUGAGAUGAACUCCGAGCCAUCAGACAGACAGACGCACGUUCAAGAUGAGCAUGAUUACGAUCAGCCUCCUGAUUUUGUGCCAGUAGAUGAGAAAUCCUCCAAAAACCUGAUCGGAUCUGCCAAAGAUGCUCUUCUCACUAUGGUCAACAACAUUGCUGCCAGUGUGCUGGGGGGACCUCCAGAGACCACAGCAGGAAAAGCUUCCACUGAAGGCUUAAACAUGACAGAAGUGGUUUUCCCUCCUGGAUCGAUCCACACCGCUGCAUCCACUGGUGGUUCUUUCUGGGAAACUUUCUGCAGGACACAUGUAAGCAUGAUAUUUAGCCCCUGGAAUGCGAAUUUUACCAGGGGAACCCCGCCAAAAAGAAUAUACAAAUUGGUUAAAUGGGUGAUUUCAGCAGAAGUUCUGUGGUCUUCAUCGUUGUGUUUGCACAGGUUCAUCAUUGAGCUCUGUCAGCCCAUUCAGGUCAAGCAGCUGGACAUCGCUAACUUUGAGAUCUUCUCCUCAAACCCCAAAGACUUCUUAGUCUCAAUCAGUGACAGAUAUCCAAACAAAAAGUGGGUGAAGCUCGGGACGUUUCAUGCGCGAGAUGAGCGGACGGUGCAGAGUUUUCCUCUGGAUGAGCAUCUGUUUGCCAAAUACAUCAAGGUGGAGCUGCUGUCACACUUCGGCUCAGAACAUUUCUGUCCUCUCAGUCUGAUCAGGGUUUUUGGCACUAGUAUGAUGGAGGAGUAUGAGAUGAACUCCGAGCCAUCAGACAGACAGACGCACGUUCAAGAUGAGCAUGAUUACGAUCAGCCUCCUGAUUUUGUGCCAGUAGAUGAGAAAUCCUCCAAAAACCUGAUCGGAUCUGCCAAAGAUGCUCUUCUCACUAUGGUCAACAACAUUGCUGCCAGUGUGCUGGGGGGACCUCCAGAGACCACAGCAGGAAAAGCUUCCACUGAAGGCUUAAACAUGACAGAAGUGGUUUUCCCUCCUGGAUCGAUCCACACCGCUGCAUCCACUGGGCCGUUGACUGUGGCGGCGGAUCCGCUUGAUGUCGUCGGGAUCACAGAAACUGCCAGCAUUACUCAAGAGACGGCAGCGGCACGCACCCCGCCGCUCACUGACGCUGCUGGAGACGCUCCGGUCCAAACCACGCCUGACGUAGAGCAGAUCGUCACUCUGCUGCCCGACGCCGAGGACGAGCCGGAUCGGUCCUCUGGGAGAAUCACAGACGAGUCUGAAACGGAUCAUGUGAAUGAAAACACAGUGCACUCUGAAUCUUCCUGCUCCCAUUCACACAGAGUCUCGCUUCAAGAGCACCUUCUGCAGCGCUGCUCCUCUCCAGACUUUAUCCAGAAGAGGAAGCCGAGCUCGCGUUCUCACGCUGCUCUAGCCGUCAUGACCCCAGCUAUAUCCACAGUCACAGAGGAGCCGGAGAGUCCUGUCAUUCACGCCAGAGAUCUUGCUCCCAGUCUGACUUCAGAUCUGCUCAGGCUGGUUUCUGCUGACUCUCUGUCCUCCAGAGCGACGCAGCCCAUUGAGCUGAUGUGUCCGUCUGCCACCGAGUGCCUUACAGCCACAGUUCCUCAGCAAAGCACUGAUGGUCUGAGUGAGUCCAGUGAGAAACCCAAUCCUGAGACGCUCUCAGACAUCAUGACCACCUCUGCUGCACUGAGGAGAGAUCAGGUCGCUCGUGAGCUGCUGUCGGUCUCAUCAGAGCAGGUCAGCCUUGAAAAUGACAUUUCAACUCCUACUGUUUCCAUGAAUACAGCAGACGAGUCUCAGCUCUCCUCUGUAUCCGCUCUUGUGGAUGAACCAGCGGUCCCCGGUGGAGCGCUGAUGCCGGAUCAUCCCGUUCAUCCCUCAGACGGGUUCACAGGGUCUGCAGAGUCCAAACGCAAGGAGCUCUUCGAUGAUGAAAGCAGCGCUCAUAUUGAGCAGAUCUACACAGAAACGCAGAACUCCAGCGACGUGCACGCACACGGCUCCAAUCAGAAAGAGUCUGUUUUCAUGAGGCUCAACAAUCGCAUCAAGGUGCUGGAGAUGAACAUGUCGCUCAGCGGACGCUACCUGGAGCAGCUGAGCCAAAGAUACAGAAAGCAGGUGGAGGAGAUGCAGAAAGCCUUUAACAAAACCAUCAUCAAGCUUCAGAACACCUCCAGAAUGGCUGAGGAGCAGGAUCAGAGGCAGACGGACUCCAUCCAGGCUCUGCAGGCUCAGCUGGAGAACAUGACACAGCUCGUGCUCCGUCUGUCUGUCAGUGUGAGUCGACUGCAGCGAGAGGUGUCUGACAGGCAGAGCUACAUCCUGCUGUGUCUGCUUCUCUGUGUUCUUCUAUGGCUGCUGAUCUGUGUGAACUACCGUCAGAUAUCAGAGAGUCCUGCCGUCGAUUCCCAGAGAUCCUGCUGCCCAGAGAGAGAGCUGUCUAAUGAUGAACCCGUGCUGCUGAGAUGCAGAGCCUCUGAUCCGCCGUCACUCUCGUCCCUCCAGACGCCUGAUGGCGGUUCAGGAGAAACCAACAGCUUUAAGCAGUGGGAAGAUUGUCAAGUUAGUAGAAAAAAGAAACACAAAGUGAAGCUCAGCAAAGGUCCAGAGACGCUGGCCGCUCCACCGCUCGCAGACGGGAUUCCCCAGACCACCAUUGGUCCUCUGGGUUUGGAGACGGGCCCUCGUCCAGACGGCAGAGACGUGAUGUCCGACGGCAGCUCUGAGGGCUCCUCGCAGGCCGAUGAGGCUCUGUUCUGCGGAAUCACCACGUGUUCUCAUCUGUGUGAGGCGUUACCGGCUCCGAAACGCUGGACGCAGAGCAGAUCCCAGCAUCAGCGCGGCUCCAGACGCUCACAACAUCACCAGCAGCCUCCGCAGUGCAGCGGCCCUCCGCCGGGGUUAGGACCCGCGCGCAACCGCCUCUGAGACGCUGUGAGGACUGAACUGAACUGAACUGAAGUGAAGCGACUGAGCUCAGUUACACUGGAGAUGUGAAGACACUGGGCGCUAAACCUGCACAGACCCCUCAAACCUUCUGUUCAGCACUAAGGCUUAUGCAGUUGGGAUUGUUUUUUUCUAAUUAUGUGCCACAAACUUUCAGA